AUGGUUGAGAAUGUGGUGAAAGGAAGAUACAAAAAUAGGAUUCUUACAGGAGUGGUAGAAAAGGCAGCGUAUGCGUAUCGCAAAGUAGCUUACAGAAAUGGGAUGUUAGAAAUAAAGGAUAGAAACUUAGAGUGUUGGAAUUUCCUGGAAAGGCUUGGAAAAGAGAAGUGGUCUAAAGCGAAUUUUGUUGGUGAUCGAAACAACCUCAUGACAACAAAAAUGGUAGACCCUAUUAAUGCGACUUUAAUGGUGUGGAAAGAUACUCCAAUUCUUGAAACUGUGAGAAGGAUAGUGUCCACCAUGAGUGAAUGGUUUGGUGACCGUCAUCAGUACGCGUGUCAACAUGGGGGGGGGGGUGUAACGCCUGCGGUGUUACGUGAAAUGGCUAGGAAUCUGGAGGCAAUUAGGGUCGCUAGUUUGAGGGAACUGGUGCCUAAAAAUGUAGAGGUGGCUGGGCUGUGUGGAGAGAAGCAUAUUGCCAUGUUGGGCCACCGGAAAUGUCAAUGUGGUGAGUAUGAUAAGUUGAAAAUACCUUGUGGACAUGCUUUGGUGGGUGCGCCGAAAUGGGGUGUUGAUGUAGAAGAGUUGGUUGGGCAAUGCUACAAGACCUCAAUGUGGAGACAAACUUACGAAGGGGUCAUCCACACAGUCGCAGAACAUGUACACGGGUAUAGCGAUGCAUCCACUCAACUACAUCCACCGUUGGUCCGGGCGUCAAUAAGCCGUCCACGUUUAUCGAGGUAA